AUGAAGCUCCUAUGGUGGGUUGCUUCUCUGUGUGCUUUGUGUCUGUGCGGCUGCUGGAGCAGUGAGGCGGACGGACAGGAGGACUUCAUGCUUGUUGCAGGACCUCUGACAAAGCAGUCGCUGAGAAGUUCAGGCAGAGUGGAAAAUGAUGCAUUUGACUGCAGUCAGCCCAUCCCUCCAGGUUCUAGAGAGUACUUUGAGUACCUCCAGAGCAGAGGGGUGACUCACUUUAAGGUGCCGCUGUCCUGGACUCAGAUCCUCCCUGCAGGCCUCCCCAGCCAGCCGCAGCAGGCUGUGGUGGCCUGCUACCAGACUUUGCUCAAACAGCUGCUGGAGGUGGGUCUUCAGCCUCUGGUGGUCCUUCAUGGAUCCACAGUGCCAGAUGAUCUGAGGUCAAGGUAUGGAGGCUGGGAGAGCCAGGAGCUGGGAGAGAUGUUUCAGCAGUAUGCAGAGUUUGCCUUCCAGGAGUUUGGAGCGCUGGCAGAGUCCUGGGUGACACUGAGUGACUUGGAUGAUGUUUGGCAGCCUGCAGGUGCUCUGCAAAAUAUCCUCAAGCUUAACAAGAACAUUUACCAGCUCUACCAUCAACGGUUUCCUUAUAAAGGGAGACGUCUGUCGAUCGGACUGAGAGCUGGAGAUGCUGCAGUUCUUCCCAAGAUCAAAGGUUCAACUACAAUGGAUUUUGUGUCAGUGCGCAUUGAAUAUAACUGUGCCUCUGCAUCAAACUUUGCAAAGCAGCUGAGCAGCUUACAGAUGUCCAGUGGGGACUUGCCUAUUAUGAUCUACGAGAUGACUGUUCGUGGUUGUCCCUACAGUCAACACCAGCCACUUGGCGAUUUCAUACAAGCCUUAUUAAACAACAAUAACUUGAAUAUUGUUGGAUGUGACAUGAUGGACAUGUUGGAGAAGCUGGACAUAGAGGACAUCCCAAACAGUCAUGGGAAUUCAGACUACAAUGCAAUUAAAGCUUUUGUAAACAGUUAUCAGAAUGUGUGGAAUAAGUUUGAGGCACAAACAACAACAGAACGCGAUCUUUUCCUUAAUAAAUCAUUCCCCUUUGGGUUCCAAUGGGCCACCUCCAGUGAGUCCUUCAAGGUUGAGGGAGGCUGGGCGGAAGAUGGAAAGGGAGAGACCAUUUGGGACCGUUUUGGUCAUGAUGGCCUAGCCUUUGAUAAUCAGACAGCUGAUCUGGCUUGUGAAAGUUACCACAAGGUGGAUUAUGAUGUGUACCUCCUGAGAGGGCUUCAUGUCAACACCUACCAGUUUUCUAUCUCCUGGGCACGUAUUUUCCCCUCGGGUCAUCGGGGCAGCCAAUCAGUGAAAGGGGUUCUUCACUAUGACAAGCUGAUCAAUGCUCUCAUUGAGUCUGGCAUACAACCUGUGGUCACUCUCUACCACUGGGAUCUGCCCCAGACACUCCAAGAUAACGGUGGAUGGACCAACCCUUCCAUUGUUGAAGCCUUCAAGGACUAUGCAGACUUCUGCUUCUCCAGGUUUGGAGACAGGGUCAAGACCUGGAACACGUUUAGUAGCCCCUGGGUGGUCAGCCAUGCUGGGUAUGGCACUGGUGAGCACCCCCCUGGAGUAAAAGACUAUGUGGUUGCCUCCUAUCAGGCCACUCACAAUAUGCUGACGUCCCAUGCUGAGGCCUGGCAUGUCUACGAUGACAAGUUCAGAAAGACACAAGGCGGUAAAGUGGGCAUUGCAUUGAAUUCUGACUGGGCUGAGCCCAUGGACCCCUCCAGACCUGAAGACAUAGCAGCUGCAGAUCGAUACCUGCAGUUCAUGCUGGGCUGGUUUGCACAUCCCAUCUUUGUAAAUGGAGAUUAUCCUGCAACACUCAAGACUCAGAUAGAACAGAAAACAAACAAGUGUCCUCUCCCUGCGCCUGCAAAGCUUCCAGUUUUCACUGCUGAAGAGAGCCAGAGGAUACGUGGAACAGCUGACUUUCUGGGAUUAAACCACUAUACCUCCAGGCUGGUCAUCUUCAGUGAUGGUGGCUGCACCCCUGGUCCUGAGGGGGUGGGUGACUUCCUGGCACACGUGGACCCUUCAUGGUCCUCUACAGCUUCUGACUGGAUCUAUUCUACACCUUGGGGCCUCCGAAGGCUUCUAAACUACAUUUCCACAGAAUACUUGAAUGUUACCAAAGUGCCGAUCCACAUAACUGGCAAUGGUAUGCCUACUGAGUACAGCGGGGACACUCUCAAUGACACCAGUAGAAUUGAGUACAUGAAGAGUUACAUCAAUGAGGCACUGAAAGCAAUACUUUUAGAUGGUGUGGAUGUGCAACGAUUUACAGUGCAGUCGCUUAUGGAUGGAUUUGAAGGUCCAGAAGGCUACAACCAAAGAUUUGGUCUUCACCAUGUCAACUUUGAAGAUGCAGACAGACCAAGAACCCCAAAGCAAUCUGCAUAUUUCUACUCUGAAGUUAUAAUGCAAAAUGGAUUCGGUUCACACAAAGGGGAUGUUUUCAAAGGGGUAGAGAUGCAACUUACUCGUCGUCCAACUGUUUUACCACCCUCAGAGUUUCCGUCUAAAUCAAAGGUUGUCUGGGAGAAAUUCUCACACCAAUCGAAAUUCCAGAGAAAGCUCUACCACUACGGCACUUUCCCACAAGGCUUCAGUUGGGGAGUAUCAUCUUCAGCUUACCAAAUUGAAGGUGGCUGGGACGCUGAUGGGAAGGGGCCCAGCGUCUGGGAUACAUUCACCCACAGACCUGGCAGCAUUCCUGCUAAUCCCAAUGGAGAUGUGGCCUGUGACAGCUACCACAGACUUGAAGAAGACUUCUACAUGCUGAGAGCUCUGAGGGUGAAGUCGUACCGGUUCUCUUUGUCCUGGUCCAGGAUCUUUCCUGAUGGUCAGCGUACAUCCCUGAACCAGAAAGGAGUUGACUACUACAAUAAACUCAUUGAUGGCCUCAUUGCACAUAACAUCAUCCCAAUGGUGACACUCUACCACUGGGACCUUCCUCAAGCUUUGCAAACACUUGGUGGCUGGGACAAUGCAGACAUGAUUGACAUUUUUAAUGACUUUUGUAGCUUCUGUUUUGCCACCUUUGGAGACAGAGUGAAGUUUUGGAUGACCUUCAACCAGCCUUAUACAAUUGCAUGGUCAGGAUAUGGACUUGGAGCGAUCCCCCCAAAUGUUAGGAAUCCAGGAAUCGCACCAUACAGAGUUGCACACAACCUUAUAAAAGCACACGCCAAGGCUUACCACACAUAUGAUGAUAAGUAUCGCAAAUCCCAAGGUGGCCUUGUAUCUAUUGCCCUGAAUGCUGAUUGGAUUGAACCCAAAGAUGUUAAUGUCCCUCGUGAAGUGAUGGCUGCUGACCGCGCUCUGCAGUUCAAACUGGGUUGGUUUGCACACCCCAUUUUCAAGAAUGGUGACUAUCCUGAUGCAAUGAAGUGGCAAGUUGGUAACAAAAGUGAACUCCAAGGUCUUUCGGAGACAAGACUACCUUUGUUCACUGAAGAAGAAAAGAACUUCAUUAAGGGAACUGCUGACAUGUUCUGUGUAAAUCAUUACACUACAAAGAUAGUCAGCCAUAUUACCGCUAGGCUUAGCCCACGGUCAUUUAUACACGACCAGGACUUGUCAGAAGAAGAGGAAGGGGAUUCACCAAAUACUGGCAUAGAUAACCAGAGAGCUGUAGCAUGGGGCCUGAGAAGACUCCUCAACUGGAUCAAAGAGGAGUAUGGAGAUCCAGAAAUCUACAUCACUGAGAAUGGAGUAGCUACAACAUCAGAGACAACUUGGGAUGACUCUGCCAGAGUUUUUUAUUUCAAGACUUAUGUUGAUGAGGCUCUGAAAGCGUAUGACAGUGAUGGUGUGAGGGUGAAAGGAUACACAGCAGCAUCUCUCAUGGAUUCCUUUGAGUGGCUCCAUGGGUACGAAGUAGGAUUUGGGCUUCACCAUGUGGACUUCACCAACCCGAACCGGCCGAGGACACCCAAGUAUUCAGCUCAUUUUUACUACCAAGUCAUGAAGGACAAUGGUUUCCCUACACCAGAUGAUGAGAUACAAAUUCAUGGGCAUUUCCGCAAAGAUUUUAUUUGGAGUACUGCUACGGCAUCAUACCAGAUUGAAGGGGGAUGGAGAGCAGAUGGAAAGGGUCUCAGCAUCUGGGACAAGUUUGCUCACACGCCUCUCCGAGUGUUUAAUGAUGACAACGGCGACAUAGCCUGUGACAGUUAUAACAAAGUAGAUGAGGAUGUUGCUAUUCUGAAGCAACUUAAAGUGACCCAUUAUCGUUUCUCCAUAUCCUGGCCAAGGGUGCUUCCUAAAGGCACCAGAGAUCAGAUCAAUGAGGCUGGACUCAACUACUACCACAGACUGGUGGAUGCACUCCUUGCUGCAAACAUUCAACCUCAUAUCACACUCUACCACUGGGACCUUCCACAAGCUCUUCAGGAUAUUGGUGGCUGGGAGAAUGACACUAUUGUUGACAAAUUCAGGGAUUAUGCUGAUCUCAUCUUUACUCGUCUUGGUGAGAAAGUGAAAUUUUGGAUCACCAUCAAUGAGCCAUAUAAUAUAGCCAAUAUUGGCCAUGGCUAUGGAGCAGCUGCCCCAGGGAUCAGUUUCCGACCAGGUACAGCACCCUACAUUGUGGGUCACAACCUGCUUAAAGCUCACGCUGAGGCAUGGCAUCUCUAUGAUGGCACGUACCGGGCCAAACAGAAAGGAAUCAUCUCCAUUACCAUCAACUCUGACUGGUCAGAACCCAGAAAUCCCUAUAAGCAGGAAGACAUCGAUGCUGCAAGACGUGUGGUGCAGUUCUACAUUGGCUGGUUUGCCCAUCCCGUAUUUAACGGAGACUACAGCAACAUGAUGAAGACAAUCAUUCGAGAGCGAAGUUUAGCUGCUGGCCUCACUAAAUCUCGGCUGCCUGAGUUCACUCCUGAGGAGAUUAAGAGGAUUAAUGGUACGCAUGAUUAUUUUGGGUUCAACCAUUACACCACUGUCCUGGCAUUCCCUGUGGACUAUGGAAACCUUCAGCACUAUGAUGCCGAUAGGGGUGCAGGAACUAUUGCUGAUCGUACCUUUCUGGAUUCAGGCUCGUCCUGGCUGAAGGUCUCACCAUUUGGAUUCCGUAGGAUAUUAAACUUCAUUAAAGAGGAGUAUGGAAAUCCACCUAUUAUUAUCACAGAAAAUGGCAUUUCAGAGCGGGGGCCCAUUGACUUAAAUGAUAGUCAUAGGAGCUACUACUAUGAAAACUACAUCAACCAGGUGCUGAAAGCUUACGUGCUAGAUAAGGUGGAUAUCCGUGGUUACACAGCAUGGUCACUGAUGGACAACCUCGAGUGGGCUACUGGCUUUUCAGAGAGAUUUGGCCUUUUCUACGUCAAUCACUCAGACCCUAAAUUGCCUCGAGUGGCCAAGAAGUCUGUUACCGUCUACUCCACCAUCAUCAACUGUAACGGAUUCCCUGACCCAGCCCUGGGACCCCAUGAGUGUUUGAACACCAAGCCCGUUCCAACAAUUGUGCCAGUCACACCUGUUCCCUCUGACAACACUGUGAGCUUCCUGGGUAUGAAGCUGUCUAUCGGUGAUGCUGAGACCGGAUUUACCGCCACGUUUGCUCUGCUGAUUGUUGCAGUGUUUGGAGUUAUAUUUUCAUCAUUUUGCUUCUUUAAGGCAAAAAAAGAUUCCAAGAAAAAACAGGAUGAUGAAAGUUUAGAAAUGUAG